UAGUACAUCUUAAACUAUAAAACCUGAAGAUACAGUUUUAAUCGGAGUCGAAACUUGACCGAUCUAACACACGUAUUCAGUUAGGAUGAAGCCGUUUUUGUUUGCUUUCUUUGUUGCUGUGGUCUCAGCCCGCCCUGAACCACCAGUAGGCUACAGCUACCCCUCCCCAUCCGGAGGUGCUGGAAUAAUCGGAGGAGGAGGGCAUCAAUCCUUCCCCUCUGGACCAAUCGGAGGAGGUUUUCCAUCCGGAUUAGACAGCGGCGCUUUCGCCGGUAACGGCAUCGGUGCCGGACACGGCGCCGGUGGAUUCGACGGUUCUUCAGGCUUCUCCUCCAGCGGUGCCGGUAGCUUCGCAGGCGGCUCUGGAUUUGGAGGCGGUCAUGGAGGUGGUGCUGGAGGAUUCGGCGGUGGUCAAGGAGGUGGAUUUGGAGGUGGUGCUGGUGGAUUCGGCGGUGCUGGUGGUACCACCGUCCACAAACACGUCUACGUCCAUGUAGCUCCCGAAGAACCUGAAGAAUCUAGACCUGCCAAGGUCUACCCCGUAGCCGCUCCUCAGAAACACUACAAAAUCAUCUUCAUUAAAGCUCCAUCUGCUCCUGCUCCUACCGCUCCCGUUAUUCCCGCUCAACCUCAAAACGAAGAAAAGACCUUGGUCUAUGUGUUGGUCAAGAAACCCGAAGAACAACCCGAAAUUGUUAUCCCAACCCCUGCCCCAACUCAACCCAGCAAACCCGAAGUAUAUUUCAUCCGUUACAAGACCCAGAAGGAAGCUGCCGCCGCAGCUGCUGCUGCUGGUGCUGGUUCUUUCGGUGGUGGUGCUGGUUCCUUCGCCGGUGCAGGUGCUGGUGGUGGAAUAAGCGGAGCUGGUGCCGAUUUUGGUUCUUCUGGCGCUGGAAUUUCUGGUGGAGACCUCGGUGGACACGGUGGAGCCAGCUCUUUAUCUGGUGGUUUCGCUUCGGCAGGUGCCAGUUCCUCAGCUGGAACCUCCUCCAAAUACGGCCCACCCGGUUACCAGAAAUAAAUUUGACGAAAACGAGAUUAACUGCUGUAACGUGUCAUUUACGGGUACGCACGUACAUUUUCUUAAAAUUUAAUUUAUUCUAAUAUUAAGUUGACGAUGUUGUUGAGAUGCAUGUGACCUGUGGUGAGAUUUUAUGUGAUAAUGUCACUUAAUUCAUAAUUGGAAUAAUUUCUCUUAUUGUAUAUAGUCAUUAGAUUUGUAAGGCAUUCACUUUAAAGUGCUCAUGUAGAUUUAAGAAACGGUGACAAAUAAAAUUAAUACAUUUAUUUUUA